GGGCUGCGUUGGGCCUUGCGGGCUAUCGGAUGCCUGACUUCCCCAAUCCCGGCGGCAAAACCCUACCACGCGACAGCACCGUCUCCGGCCGCCGCCGCCGCCUCCCGACGUCGCGCCGCCCUCGCGUGAUCCGGAACCUGCGUGGUCGGCGGUUGGUUGCUCGCUGGAGGCGGUCUUGCAGGAUGCCGCUGGGGCUGGUGCUGGGCUCGCUGGGGCGGGCGAUGCGGCGGAAGCGGUUGUCUUCGCUCGACAUCCUUUCCUCCAAGCGGGCGCCAAGGGAUUACUACAAGGGCAAGAACUGCAAGCCCACCGGGUUCCACACACGCAAAGGUGGAUAUGUUAUUGUUGAUGAAAAGUUGCCAAGAUUUGUGGUCCCUGACUUGACUGAUUUCAAGCUGAAGCCAUAUGUGUCACAAAGCGCCAGGGACCUCACAGCAUCCACCGCAUCCUCUACUUCAGCAGAAACUACUGAAAACAAGAGCUGAUCUUUAUGCAACUUCUUUAGUCUUUGCCCAUGUUUUGCAAGAAGGCAGUAAAACUUUGCAGUUAUGUCCUCCUAGAGAGUGCCCAUGUUCCAGACGAUGUAGCAUCAGCAUCCUAGCUACAUAUAGACAUUUCAGAUAGCUUUCUUGUAAAGGAAAACCUUAUGGUGCAGCAUAAAUUACCUCAGAAGUUUUCUGGUCUUACAAUAGAGUGUUCAUUGUCACUGUUUUAAUUCA